AUGGCAUCCUAUACUCACUCAAGCCAGGGAACAUCCGGCCAGUCCAAGCUCUUCCUCAGCCCCGCGGCCCUAGACCCAGCCGGAGACAGGGCCAACCACACCUCGUUCUGGCGGAACCCCAGAGUUGGGAACAUUUACCGCAACACCGAGUACAUCACUUUUCCGAUCACACAGCCGCUGCUGGACUAUUGCGGCCUAACAGAGAACAAGAUUGCUUCGCUCGACAAGCCCGUUGAGGUCCUUGAUAUGUGCUGUGGUGCGGGCGUGGUCUCUGCCCGUAUCCAUGAGAUGCUGAAGAUGACGGGCCAGGAAGGGAAGGGACUUGUAAAGUUGACUUGUUCUGAUUCUAGUGGUGGUCAGAUCGAGCAUGUUAGGAGCCGAGUUGGAAAGGAUGGCUGGACGGAUACGACCGUAGUCCAAGCGGAUAUUGCAAGCCUACCAUUCGAGUCGAACAGCUUUGACUUCAUUGUGGUUGGCAUGGCCUUGAUGGUUGUUGCAGAGCCCUACGCAGGUCUAGCAGAGCUUUACCGCGUCCUCAAACCAGGCGGCCGCAUCGCAAGCUCCACUUGGGCAACAGAAGGCUGGGUUUAUGACACCCGUGACGCCGUCGCAAACUUGGGCAUCCCCGGGCAACAACCGGUUCCGUGGCCGCAAAAGUCAUGCCAUUUGACUGGCCUCUGGUCGCCGGGCGCAUGGGAGGAUCCCUAUUUCGCGGCUGCCAUGUAUAAUGCUUCGGGGCUUAUCGAAAUCAAAUCAGAGACCUUGCCCAAGCCCAUCACUUUCAGAGAUCCUGAGCAGUUCUGUACAAUUUUCGAGGCACUAUUUACGGGAAGCAUUGAGAGAUACUGGUCCGCGGAGCAGAAGGAGAAAUUGAGGCACAAGUUGAAGCCUGAAAUUGUCGAGUAUUUGAGGAAGAAGUAUGGAGGUGGCCCAUUUGAAAUUGAGAGGUCUGUUGUUUUUGUUAGCGGCACAAAGUUGAAAGCCUGA